AUGCCUGAAGGCCAUACCGAAGGAAACCUGAACGUAGUCGCGAUCCGCCGUGGGUGGUCGCGCAAUUUUACUCUGCCACCUGAUGAAGUCGCCAAGAUGGACUAUGGCACGCUCGAGUCUGUCCUCGAGCUCAACACUCUUAAGUUGCGCACGGGUCGCCUUCGCAUCUUCGUCGAGAACCCUGCCGGCUCAGGCACGUACAACCUCGUCCGCCGUUGGGACAACGACGACUCCCUCUACUGCGUGCUCGUGCGCAACUUUUUCACUGAGCGCAUGAACGAGGGGAUUGUGACCACUCUUGAUGUUCGUGACGAGCCCGAGGAAGCCCGGGCCAACGAAGGCAACGGCGGCACUUUCAAGGCCGAUCGCGCUCGCGAGUGGCUUAAGACCCGCGCACUCAAUACGCGCAGUGGCGUUGGUGCGUCGUCUACGACGCCAUCUGGCGCCCAGACUCCUGCGGAUGACGGGCAGCCUGGCGAGGAAACCGCAAGUCCCGCAGCGCACAACGAGACUCCCUCCACGGCUGCCAACGGCAGUGGUUACUUCUUCGGCCUCUUCAAGGGAGGAAACGCGGCAGGCACUCCCCCGGUUCCUCCUCCUAAGGACAGUGGCGCCGAUGCCGCUGCAAACUCCGACUCUACUUCACAAGCCAACGUGCCACCGUCUCCGCCCCCGAGCGACACGGAAAAGGAAGAGGAUAUCCUGCGCGCUCGCGGCUGGAAACCCAUGGUGCGUCGCCUCACGCGCAUGCGCGUGCCGCGUAACGGCUCGUCGCAUGAACCUCGUCCCGAAGCGGAUAUCAUGGAAGAGGGUGACGGAGAGUACAUCGAGUACCCUGACCCGCUCGAGAUGAGCGCAGAUGCUCUUGCCACCCCCAACACUCCCAAGAAGCAGCGCCUCUUCAAAAGGAUCCCGGGCGCGGAUAGUCCGUUCCUCAGCCCCAAGAAGUCAAAGAAGGACAUCAAGGGCAAAGGCAAGGCGGCUGAGGUGACUAUCGUGAAGAACCCUGAGGACGCUAUGCCUGCACCUGUGGAUGAUUCUGCGCCCGUGCCGUUUCCCUCCUCUGAUCCCAGCUCUUCGGCUUGA